GGUUCAGCCAGCAAGUUCGGCAUUCUCGAAAUGAACUAAUUUAUCACAUAUACAUUCAACAUUACGUGUCACAAAAUAUUAAAAUGAUAAAAAUGUGGAUUUUAUAUCAUGUGGCAAUAGCAUAUUUAAUCUUAAAUGUAACCCAUGCAGAGAUAAUCAACAAGAAUGUGGAAAGAACUUUGGAUUUAACGUCGCAGCUGGCAAAGACCACAUAUAAAAUUUCCGUGGAAGACACAGCCGGCAAAGCACUCAAAGACUAUGUGUUUGUUGUAAAAGAGCCGAAUUUAUCAUUCAUUUCGGUCAAGGAUGGGUUUAGCAACAAAGUGAAGUAUGAGGAGAAAAAAGGACUGGCAAAUGAUCAGACCGAAUUUAAGUUAACAUUUGCCUCAGUUUCGCCGCAACAAAAUUUGGUUAUUGAAACAGUGUCUACCAAAAAUAUACUGCCACAUCCAGCAGAAAUCAAACAGAACGACAAACAAUUGGUUAAAUUUGUGGGCGGUCUCUAUUUGUACUCCAAAUACUCAACGAAUACACAAAAAACGAAUGUUAUGCUCAGUUCAUCGAAUAUAUUAUCGCACACACAGGCAAAACCAUAUUCCGUGUCGUCGAAUAAAUUGGCAUUUGGACCGUAUGAAAAUAUUGCACCAUUAUCUGAGGACGAACUUGUCAUCCACUAUGAGAAUCAAUCGCCCUUCUUGACCGUGAACUCUUUGGAUCGCAGCAUCGAAGUAUCGCAUUGGGGAAAUAUUGCUGUCAAGGAAUCUAUUGAAAUGACCCACACGGGAGCCAAGCUAAAGGGUUCUUUUUCGCGUUAUGAUUUCCAGAAGGAUGGCCGUUCUGGUCAAUCGGCUGUCAAGUCAUACAAAACCUAUUUGCCCGCAUCCGCAUCUGGGGUGUAUUAUCGCGACACCAAUGGCAACAUUUCCACAUCGAAUAUGCAUUUUAUGCGCGACUUUGUCGAUCUGGAAUUGCGUCCGCGAUUUCCGCUCUUUGGCGGCUGGAAAACCCAAUACACUCUCGGCUAUAAUGUACCCUCCUACGAAUAUCUAUUCAGUUCGGGCAAUAAUUAUGUGUUGAAAAUGCAUCUGAUUGAUCAUAUCCAUGAUAAUAUGUCCAUUGAGAAAGCUGUUGUAACUGUCAUUUUGCCCGAAGGCUCUGCGAAUAUUGAGCUGAUAACGCCAUAUAGCAUAAAGCGGCAUCAAAACGAUCUAAUUUACACCUAUUUGGAUACCGUGGGACGACCCGUUAUUACCUUCUCCAAACAAAAUUUGGUUGAGAAUCACAUUUCGGAAUUCACUCUGAAGUACACAUUUUCCAAGGUGUCUUUGCUGCAAGAACCACUGCUAGUUAUUGGCUUUAUUUAUAUGAUAUUUAUAUUCACCAUUGUCCUUCUGCGCUUGGACUUCUCGAUCACAUACCAUUCCCACAAGGAAUAGGACGGCGGGUUUCGCUCAGUUUUUGUGAUCAUCUCUAAAGUGAAUCUUUCAAUUGAACGAGAAGCAAAUAAAUAGCAAGAUUACAAUAA